AUGCCGAAACCUACCUUUGAAAACAUCGGCUCUUACGAUGACCUCCGCGAGCUCCACCUCCUCCACUACAUCUACUCCCUCCCACACCUCUCCACCCUGCGCAACAACCCAGCAGCCGUCCUGCGCGAAAUCGACAACUUCUCCCAAGACACAGACAAACGACUCAUGACCAUCGGCCCCCAAAAGGGCGCUUUUCUCGCCGAUAUUAUAGCAACUCGCAAACCAUCCACAGUCGUAGAGCUGGGCGGGUUUGUGGGGUACUCUGCUAUAUACCUCGGUGAUGCGCUUAGGGCUAAUGGCGGGRAGAGGUAUUUGAGUUUAGAGUUGAAUCCCGUCAACGCGGCUGUUGCGAAUCUAUUAAUUGAGCUAGCUGGGCUGAGGGAUAUUGUUACCAUCCACGUCGCGGMAAGCCAUAAGACGCUUGCCGAGUUCGUCAAGGAUAAUGUCAUUGACCACAUCGAAGUGAUGUUGAUCGAUCACUGGAAAGAUCGAUACUUGCCCGACCUGUGGCUCAUGGAGAACUUGGGUUUGUUGAAACCUGGUGUCACGGUCCUAGCCGCGGAUAAUUGUCUCAGACCAGGUGCGCCGGAGUACCUGGAGUGGGUGAGAGCUACAACCAAAGAAAAGGAGGCAUUGUUGAAGAAAUAUGGGUUUGAGCCGAACGGAAAGUAUGUGAAAGGGGAGGAGUUGGUUAAAACCAUUAAAGAAGGAAAGAAGGACGUGGAGUUGGAGAAUGUGCCUGGCGACCCGACAUGGAUUUAUGAGACAAAAAUGACGGAGUUUGAGUUGGGGAAUGGACGACAUGAUGGUAUCGAGGUGGUCAAAGUAGUUGGCAAGGAGUGA